AUGCCGUCAGACAACUAUAUGAACAUUUGCAUUAACGUCGCUCAGCUCUUCGGAUACUAUCCGAUAGAUAUCGGCGAGACUAGUGUAAUCAGAUACGCUCUAUACAGGAUUUAUCGCACGUUAACUAUCGGAUACUUCGGUAGUUUCAUUCUGAGCCAAUACGUUGAACUGUAUUGCACGAAACAAUUCAAUAUUACAGACUUUUUUGAUAAUCUAGGUGUAAACUUGCUAUACGUGCCUACCUUUCUCAAAAUACUGACCGUUUCGAACCGAGGUAUUACGCAAUUGAUCCGUCAAAUCAGGACCACAGAGAAUCAGAUAUUAGAAGGCGGCGAUACUAUUACCAUUACCAUAUUCAAGAGAUAUACAGACUACAACAAAUUAUUGAACAAGAUGAUUUACACUCUCGGUUUCAUCACAGUACUUCCAUUCUAUUUCAUACCGAUCUUCAGGGAAGUGACAAUCGAUAUAAAUGGGAAUUUAACCAAACACUCCGCAUUACCAGUUGUUGGGUGGUAUCCAUACGAUAAGUAUAAACAUUAUGAGAUAACUUUUGCUCUGCAAAUUAUUGUAACCGUACUGGGUACGGCUGGUAUAACCUGCUCAGAUGCUAUAUUCUGGUCGGUCAUGCUAUUCCCAAUAUGCCUAAUUAAAAUCUUACAAAGCAAGUUGAGAAAACUUAGAAAAAACACCACAGGAGACUAUUCGCUUGACAUCAAAGUCUGCAUUCGUUUGCACAACAUCAUUAUAAAAUUCGUGGAUGACAUAAAUGCGAGUAUGAAUCUUAUGAUGCUGAUCGAUUUCUUGUCGUGCUCAGUGCAAAUGGGAAUUUCCAUAAUUCGCAUAAUAAUUACCGGAUCCUUCGGUUUGCCGGAGAUAUUUGCGGUUGAAUUCUUUGCGGCCAUGUUGAUACAACUGUUCGUUUUUUACGGAUUAGCAAACGAAUUGACUAUCGAAAGUUUGAAAAUAGGUGAUGCGAUCUGGGAGAGCGAUUGGAUAGAUCUACCGGAAGACGCUAAGAAAAUGUUAUUGUUCGUUACCUUUAAGUCACAAAAACCGUUGACGCUUAAUAUUGGACAAUUUUAUCCUAUGUCGUUACGAACUGCAUUAACAAUUCUGAAAACGGCUUACUCUUGCGUGACUUUGGUUCAACAGACAUACGGCAGAAAUAAUUGAAUGGUAAUAAGAUAUUAAUAUGUAGCAAAAUAAAAGUGUACGAAUUGUUCUUUCACUUACAUUUUUUUAUACAAACUCUAUCUACAUGCAUCAUUAAUAGUUAUAAUA